AUGGCAUGGGAUUCCAAGUCAACACCAGCCCGACGACGAGGCAACAGCAUCGCCUCCAACGCCUCACGCGGUCUCCGCACAGGACCCAGACCUCCCACCCAACCCAAGUCCGCUCACGUCGCCGACCCCUUCCUCCAUGACUUCCUGGCUCCAUCCUUUGACGCCGCUGCCUACCUCAACGCCACACUGCCUCCUUUGCAGACAUCUACGGGAGCUUCAUCAUCAUUGUCGUCAUCAUCAGCUUCGCGAUCCGCUACCAACCAAGGCGGUGCCACAACGGCCGCCGCGACAGCCGUGCCACUCUCCGAAGUUUCUCUCCAGGCCCAAUCCGUGCUCUCCCAGCUGAACGCGCACACCACCAGACUCACCAACACCCUCACUCAACUCACCGACGACAUCCUCCGGAGCGGGAGCAGAUUAGCCUACGAGGUAGAGCUCCUACGCGGUGAGACGCUCGGUCUGGCCGAGACUCUCACGGAGGGGUUGCAAGAGGAUGUAGCCAAGUUUGUGCCUGGCGGAAUUUCUGUUCCGGAAGCACAACCCGCACCGGCCGUACCGGUAACUACGCCAGGUGAGGGAGGUGCUCAUCAACGGCGUCUAUCAGUCAUUGCCGUACCACCUUCACAACAACCACAGCCAGAAACACCCGCCGUCGCUGCUACAGCCCACCCAGGCGCCUCAACAGAAGAACAAGACCAAGAACCCCAAGAACCCCCACACAUAACCCAGCUCCGCACCUUGACCCUCGUCCGCUCGCGUCUGGACUCGGUAAUCCAGACCUUCGGCUCAGCCAUCGACUUCGUCUUCCCGCCCUCGGAGGUAUCCGCCGUCUCUUCUUUCCUAUCCGUAUCCGCGCCCGCGCCGUCUGACUCCGGUCUCGGUUCCAACAACGACCCCGAUUCGGUAGCCAGCACGGAGGAAAGGGGGCAAAAGGUGUUGCAGGCGCUUCGGGACGAGAUCUCAUCUUUGUUGGAAAACAGCAAGAACGAAGAAAACGAUCCGAUCAAGGGGAUUGAGGAAGCGGCGAAGCGAGUGGGCGAGUUGAAGGAGUUGGUUAAAGUGUGGAAGGGCACGGCGGAGGAGCGGGGCAGGGUGAAGUUUGUGGAGGGGUUGGCCAGGAUGGUGGAGGAGAGGCAUGCGGUUUUGGUUAGGGAGUUGGAGAGCGGUGGUGCGAGGAAAGGCGAUGCUGCUGCGGCCGGGAGUGGAAGUGCCAGGAGUGAUGCUGAGGCGGCUUUGAGGAGGGUUGUUGGAGGUAGCGGAGAGGCGGAGCAGGCGUCACAGACACAAACACAGACGGAAAGUAAGGGGUUGGGUGGGUAUGGGCUGAUCAGUCAGUUGAAUAAGUUCAGGAACGGUUUAUAA